UCCUUACAGAAAUCUUAUUGGUCAAAUUAUCACGAGGAAGCAGAUUUUCCCAUUAUAAAGACUUGUCCUUCAUCUUACUUUGAAGAAGAACCAAUAACUUCCACACCAUCAGUAGCAAUAUCUCAUCUAAUAAAGAAAUUUAAAGUUGGAAAUGUUGACAAGUUUGCAGUAAAUGAUGUCACUUUAAAUUUAUAUCCGGGCCAAAUCACUGUAUUAUUAGGACAUAAUGGUGCUGGAAAAACAACUACAAUGAGUAUUCUUACAGGAAUGUUUCCUCCCACUUCAGGAACAGUUAUAGUCAAUGGCUAUAAUAUCUUAACUGAAACGACUAGUGCUCGAAAGUCUCUUGGACUUUGUCCUCAACAUAAUGUUCUUUAUGAUAAUCUUACUGUAAAAGAACAUUUAAAAUUUUUUGGUGGUCUUAAGAAUCUACCUUGGUCAGAAAUGGAAAAAGAAAUAGCAAAAAUAUUAGCUCUUCUUCAACUUUCAGACAAGCAAAAUGCUUUGUCGAAAGAUCUGUCGGGAGGAAUGAAACGUAAAUUGUCAUUAGGAAUCGCAAUCAUCGGGGGUUCAAAAAUUUUAAUAUUAGAUGAACCAACUUCGGGGAUGGAUCCAGAAGCAAGACGCGUAAUUUGGGAUGCAUUACUAGAAUUGCGUGGAGAUCGAACUGUACUUUUGACUACUCAUUACAUGGAAGAAGCUGAUGCGCUCGGCGAUCGUAUAGCAAUCAUGGCAGAGGGAUCUGUCAAAUGUUGUGGAUCUUCUAUAUUUUUGAAAGGAAAAUUUGGUACUGGUUAUCAUCUUCAUAUUGCAAAAGGUGAUGGCUGUAAGGUUGAUGAAAUAACACGGAGAAUUAACAGACUUAUACCAGAAGCUAAAAUAGUUAGCAAUAUAAAUCAACAACUGGUAUAUUCACUUUCUUCAGUAUCACAGUCUUUUGGUACGCUAUUUGAAUCUAUGGAAAAUUCAUAUUCUGAACUAGGAAUCGUUUCUUGUGGAAUUAGUGUCACAACUAUGGAAGAUGUAUUUCUAAAAGUUGGAAAGAUGAGUGAAAAUAAUUUGGAAGAGCCAGCAAAUGAUUGUGAAACAGAAAUAUUGAUUAAUUCCUAUGAUAACAAUGAUUCAAAACUUGCUAACUCAUCAAGAGCAACUGGAUCACAGUUAGUAGUACAACAAAUGAAAGGUCUUUUCUUGAAAAGAUUCCAUUAUGCCAAACGUGAUUACGUCAUAUUAAUUUUUCAAUUAAUUAUUCCCAUACUUGUAAUAAGUAAUCUAAUGUGGAUAGUUAAUAAAUUCAAUAGAACUACUGAAGUGAAACCGCUAGACUUAAAUCUGAAAAAGCUUUACAGUUCAACGAAUGCAUUUUACAAUAUGAUGAAUGAAAAAGAAACUCCUUUCCUAAAUUACUAUAAAGAUAAAUUGAAAGAGGAAGAUGCAAUGAUUUUUAAUACAAAUGAUACUACUGAAUAUCAGUUAGAGAGAAGUGACAACCUCAAAAGGUACAUUGAAACAGACUUGGUAGGAGCCAGUAUUUUUGAAGAAGAUGGAAAUCUCACCAUCAUAUCCUGGUUUAAUGCUGUGCCUUAUCAUUUAGAUGCAAUAUCAUUAAAUUUGAUGACAACGUCUCUUUUGAAAUAUCUUAGUAAAAACAAUGAAUCAGAUAUACAAAUUACUAAUCAUCCACUUCCUAGUACAUUGUCUUUUUCACAUCGAGCUCUAGUGGAAGUGGCAAGUCAUUUUAUUUAUAUUGUUUUUGUAGCUUUGGCAUUAACCUUCUUAACUUCAAGCUUUAUCUUAUUCCCAAUUCACGAAAGAGUUACCAAGUGUAAAUUAUUACAGAGAAUGUGUGGAAUUAAUGCAAUUGUAUUUUGGUUUAUUCAUUUACUGUGGGAUUUUUUAAUUCACGUUUUUUGUAGCUUUUUAUUACUUAUUCCAUUCUUUAUCUACAGUUCUAUCAACAGUACUUUGGAAGGAUGUGCUAUAGGUGCAAUGUUUUUUGUACUCAUAAUAUACGGUUGGGCAUCUCUUCCUCUGAUAUAUCUUAUGUCGUUUAUACCAAAUAAAUCUUCAACUGGUUUCUCUUUAUUCACAAUUGUUGGUAUUACAACAGGCCUGAUUGCAGGAGUAAUUGUUUUUUCUUUGAAUAAAUCAAAUGUUAUGGAUAAAGAAGAUAUGGAUCUAACAUUAGCAAUCUUACAGUUGUCACCCGUUUUUGCUGCUGGUUGGGCAAUUAGUAACAUUCAUAAUACUAGUUUAUACAAUACUAUGUGUGACCAGUUUGAUAAAAGUGUCAUAGAUUCUAUAUGUGAAAGCAGAGCAAGUCACGAGCUAUUUAAAUGCUGUCCACGAGAAAUCUGUCAAGACGAAUGUUUUGAGAAAGAAAAUUAUCUAUCUUGGGAAUUUUCGUCUGGAAGAGGUCUUGCAUUUUUAUCUUUCGACGGAUUACUUUAUUUUACACUUUUAGUUAUGUUCGAAACAAUCUUGCCCAAAUUAUGGUACAAAAUCAUGACAAAGAUCAGACGAAAAAAUAAAUCUUGGAUGGUAAAAAACAAUAGUAUCUAUCCUGAUGAAGACAGCGACGUCACACAAGAACGGAACAGAAUAGAAAAUAUUUUUAACCAACCUGAAAGAAACGACGAAGCUUUGAUAGUGAAAAACUUAACUAAAUACUUUGGUUCCUUCCGUGCUGUAAAUAAUUUGACGUUCUCCGUGCACAAGGAAGAAUGUUUCGGUUUACUCGGAAUAAACGGUGCCGGAAAAACAACGACCUUCAGAAUGCUGACCGGGGAUCUGAUUCCUUCGGAAGGAAAUGCUUUUAUUGGAGAUUAUGAUGUUCAGAAUCAGACAGAAAUGUUCCAAAGAGCCAUUGGUUAUUGUCCCCAGUUUGACGCCUUAAUCGACGGAGUGACAGGUAGAGAAAUGCUGACAAUAUUUGCCAAUUUGAGAGGUAUUCCCAAGUUAGAUAUCAAUUAUGUCGUCAACAGAUUGAUCGAAAUGUGCGAUCUCGUUAAACAUGCUGAUAAAAAAACUGAAACUUACAGCGGAGGAACAAAACGUAAAUUGUCACUUGGAUUAGCUCUCAUCGGAUCGCCGUCGUUAGUUCUUCUGGAUGAACCAACGGCCGGAGUCGAUCCCGUAUCUCGGAGGAAGAUGUGGGAAACUCUGAUUACAAUGAGACAGUUAUUGGGAGUGUCAUUCGUAUUAACUUCACAUGGAAUGGACGAGUGUGAAGCCUUAUGCAAGAGAAUAGUUAUUAUGGUAAAUGGGCAGUUUCAUUGUUUGGGUGACAUGCAACAUCUCAAAACUAAAUUCGGUCAGGGAUAUACCCUCAUCAUCAAAGUCAAAAGGGCAGAAGGUAAUGAAAUUCAGGAAGUGAAGAGCUUUGUUGAGAAUACUUUUCCCAGUUCUUCACUGAAAGAUUCCCAUCAGGAAAUUUUGCAUUAUCACAUAACUGAUACAUCCGUCAAAUGGAGCAAAAUGUUUUUUAAGAUGGAAGAAGCAAAACAAACGUUACCAGUCGAAGAUUAUCUUAUUAGUGAUACAACAUUAGAGCAGAUCUUUUUGGCAUUUGCAAGAACGCAAAUGGAAACACAGAACAUGACCGAAUAAAUUAAAAAAGGGAUCAAAAAGUAAUUUUUAAAUAUUAAUAUAUUGAAAUCAUAUACAUAAAGUACAUAGCUUUGGUUUUAUACUUUCAAAAAUUCCUUGUAAUUAAAAAUAUUAAAUCUAGUGAAUCGGUAUUGACAAUCUAUCAAACAAUUGACUCGGUAAGAGUAUACUCACAUAUUUUUCUGUCAACAUAAUUAUUUUUAUCGCCUUAUAUCAUUGCCAUGUAAAUUAGAUAUAUCUGAUGCAAAUUCUUAUAUAUAAAAAGCCUUAAUGAAUAAUAAUAUUGUUAUCAGUUUUAACAAACUAAUUCAAAAAGUUGAAGAUUCAUAAGUCAAAAUUUGAAUCUACUGUUUAUAUAGGCUAUUAUUAAUUAAUUAAUAAAUGAGAUAAUAUUAUGUCACUUUCUAAUUGCCAAAAACACAAAAUUAAGGAUUAUUUUUGAAUUGUUGGGCUGCAAUUUUGAAACUGCAGACUUUAUCAAUACAUUCUCACUGUCAUCCAUCUGUCUGACUAUCUGUCCUUUGUUAAUCUCAAGACCAGACAUGGAAAGCUUAGGAGCCAGACCCCCCAAUUAACUAUAU